UCCAUGGUAACUUUGUUGCUGGCGCGACCCGAAAGCUGCUAUGGCCGGAACAUGUUUGGAUCUCCAGUGGACUUUUCAUUUAGGGAGCUCAACACAGUUUCAGACAUGCUCUCUGAUGAGCCUAAUCCAGGCACUCGUCCGCUAAAGCGUGACUCAGAGCAGAAGAUCCUCAGUGCAACGCUCAGACUCAACAACAACUUUCUCUCUGACUUGACGGGACUGAUGGACACGCUCUCCACUCUUUAUGCUGAGCCUACGCGUCUGGCCUGGCUCGACAUCUCCUUCAAUGAGUUUCAACACAUCCACCCAGUUCUCACUCAACUUAAAGAGCUACGCUUGUUGUAUCUGCAUGGAAACCGUAUUUGCAAGUUGUCAGAAGUGGAUAAACUUGCUGUGUUGCCGUUUCUCCACACCAUCACUCUGCACGGCAAUCCCAUAGUGACCGAGCGUGACUACAGGGCGCAUUUGAUCGGCACCCUUCCUCAUGUGAAGAUGAUUGAUUUCAGCGCGGUCACUAAACAGGAACGGGAGUUGACUUCAGUUUGGCAGAGGAGCAGAAACCCACACAAAUCCAUGAGUCACAGCAAAGUGGACUGAACCUUCUCCACCCGACAUCCUGAUACUCUAAUAAACAUGAAUGUGGAGUUACAGCUACGCUUUGAUCUGCAACAGAGAGGCUGACUUUAAAUCUAGCCUCCUUCAAAACUGUAAAAUACUAGUAGAGCUGGAGUUGCUUCAGUCAACGAGUGUUUCUUCAUUAGUCGUUGAUGAAGCCACAUGAAUAAGUGGUGAAACAUCUUAAGCAACAGAAAAACGUCCAUUUAACUAGAACAUCUUUAAAGCCAUGGCACAACGUUUCUUUGAGAAUUGCAAUUAGCAAUUCAAGAAUGGAUGAACUUGCACUCACCACCAAUUUAUAUCUGCUACACAAGACAAACAAAAAAAAGAUACUUUAUAAUUUUGAAAUUCUUUAAUGCAUAUUUUCAUUCAACAAAAACAGUUUUAACAGAAUAUUGAAACAAAAUUUUUGGUACUAGCCUAAGAAGAGUGAUCUCUGUAAAUCAGGUAGUAUUCCACAUUUAGGUAACAAACAAACAAACUUGAGCACUAAUAGUAAACUGCAACAGAAAAAGUAUUGCAGUGCAUUUUAUCCCUUUAAAAAUCUCAAAGAAAGACAAAAGUGCCUUGCCAUGAUCUAGAGAGCGAAUUGUGCCACACUGUCUGUGAGCUUGCAUCAAUAUAUAAAAUCAAAAUAAAUAAUUACACAAACAUACUGUGAGGCAUUUCAAACUCUGUCAGGAUUCAGGAAAGAACGCUAGCUGUUUGAAUUCACUAGUUCCUUGUUUUUCGGCACAACAGCAAAAAAAAUAAAAAAUUAGAUAGACUAAGUUAAAGCAAUGUAAUAAUA